GGCACCACUAACAUAGUUACAAUGCACCCCCUCUCCUAAAAGAAAAUAAAAAACAUUUAGAAGUCUUUUAAAAGCCCUUACUUAAUAGAAUAGUAUUCUGAAUAGCAUUAGUCUCUUACAAGGAAAAACAAACAAACAGAUUUUUAUUUAACACAAUUGUAAAAGUUUUAUGAACACACUUUGUCCUCAUUUCUCUUAAUUGCCAAUGUUGAAGUAACUGUUUACUUAGCUGGUCAUAGUUGACAUCUCUCCCAGGUCAUUCUGAGGCGAUGACUCUGCAGUCCUGACCAGCAGCUCCCUGUGGUGGAUCUGGCACGGAGUGUGGAAGAGCCGAGGGAAUGAUAUUUGGACACUCUGUGUCCAGGAAUAGAAGACUGUGUCGGCGCUCCUGUGUCAGUUUGAUUGAAGAGUUUGCCGAGUGUCUCAGCCUGGCAUCUUCUUUCUUUGAAUUUAAAUGUACAUGAAAGAAGACAAAUGUCAAGUAAAUGAGUUAAAGGGGGGCCUGCACAGUAGAUCAUUGUUUGGGGUCCCUGCCGAGUUUCUGUUUGGGGAUUUUCCAGCUUGGGCAUGGUGACAGACAGAUUGCCACUGAGCUGUUGCUGCACAAGGCCGAGUGUUUAAAAAAAGCACACAGUCUCACUCUUGACAGUACGUAGACAUCAGAUAUUGUUUUAAUGGUUUAAAAUCAGUUCACCUGAGUUACAAUUUGAGAUCUUUAUUUCCUGUGUUGGUGAAAAUAAUGUGGCAUCUUAUACCCGGAUUCUCUUGGACUCUUUUCCUGCGUUUGUUAAUGAGUUAAUGUCAAGUGUAUUUAUUUCUGUAAAGCUGAGCUUUGCCUGGGAAACAGGAAAGAGAGUGAAGUCUAUAAAAGUGCAGGCUGUGUGAUGUCAUGCUUGUUCCCAACCCGGAGCCAGAGAAGCAGCAUCUGUGAGAGCCCCCGGGACUGGGAAUGGGCUUUCACAAACUCGCAUCAGGGUGUUGACCACACCAGAGCCUGCCAAUUGAAAAACACUGCAGGAUUGUGUCAGAUAAUAGCCUGAAAGCCCAGCGAAGCUGGUCAAAACAGAGCUCGUGUUCAGGGGAGGGUGUGUUCUUGAAGCACUAUGUAGAAAACUUUCUAGCGUCCUGCGAAAAGGCCAGAUUUCAUGCUCGACCGACCCACGAGCAGGUCUGUAUCACAGCUGCUGCACUGUUCGUUUCUGCUCCAAAAAGUUCAUGGCUGUGCUUCGUCCAUGAGAGGCUUUAGCUUCUUUGUGAGUCUCUGAGCUAAACGGAAGUGUUGUGUGAACAAGCGUGAGGCAGAGAAGUGGGAUCGGUUACAGCCGUGGUUCUUCGUGCUGUGGUCGGUGCCGGGGAUAUCGGUGAGAGAUGUGAGGCAGUCGGCUGCGUGCCGUGGGUGUGGUGUCUGCUAAAGAUGUUUUUUUCUUCGAGAUGCUUGGUGUUCCAAUGAAUUCCUGUGUCGAUGGCCAGCAGCACUGUCUUAUUUGUGAGGGAACCGUGAAGCAGUAUUCAGAAGGAAACUGCUGGAGUAAAUAAUGGACCAAGCGCAAAAGCGGCUCCACGCGUGACCACUGUGUGUUCUCUGCCACGGGGAGAGGACUGAGCCCAGGGCCCGGCUGUCGGAAGCAAUGCCCUGCCGUAACCCACCAUGACAGCUGUGGGAAGAACAGGAUCUGGCACUCGGAGGUCGGACUGGGUUUCCUUCAGCGAUGAGCUUCCUCCGCCUGCGCGGGGACUCAAGAGAGAUGGUCACCAUGUCCUGCCCCAGCUGGCUCCUGACCCCGCCCCCCCGGAGACCCCGCCCCCGGGCGUGGCCCAAGGGGGUGUGGCCUGGCAGCCGGACCCUGCUGUGCAGAAGCAUGUGUGGGUCCAGUUCGAGGACAAGGCGUGGAGCAGCCCGGCGCCCUGGCGGCCACAGGUACCAGGCUCCUCCGCGGCGGUGCCCAGCCGGAACCCGGUUUCCUCCGCCAGUUUCUGGAGCGCCGCUUCCUCCUCCGACAGCAGCCCGACGACGCGCUCCGAGGAGCCCGGCUGUCCGAGCGCAGGGGCCUCCUGCGCUGACCUGUCCUCGCUCCCGGAGGACGCCCGCAGCGGGGCCGUGUCCCGGGCCCACUCCUCCAACUCUUCUGUCUUUCAAGAAGAUGAAUAUAUAGCCAUGGAUGCCGUCAGCUUGCGCUCCACCCACAAACAAACGAGCAGCCCAACGGGAACAACAACCGCUCGCUUCGGCAGCUGGGUGACCUUCGACGACGAUGAAGGCAACUUGGGAAGCCCCGGGACGUCGUCCCUGGGAGCGAGCAGUCUCAACCAGUUUCCGCUGCAGGACGCCAACAGCAACUUCGUCGCCCGAGGGGAGCGACACGGGGAAAGGGAGGGGAAGGGAGGUUUGCUGGACGUGUCGCUGGCCAAGACCAACUACGGGUUCAGUGUGGAGAGCCCGCUGUUCAGUAGCAGCACUCCGGCCCGAAAGAAAAACCCGUUCCUGGAUGACGAUCUGGCCGAUGUUCAGCCGUCUCCCAUCAACCCUUUCAGUGCUUAUUUUGAUAAAAGUGAGGCACAGCAGAGUAAUGGAUCGCGUCCGGAGAGCUCUCACUCUUAUUCAUUCAGCUCCCCUUUCUUCACCGACAGCGCUGGCCCCAGCAAGGAAUCCAUCUUCCUCUUCACGCCUGGUUUUGAUGCCAGCGGUGAAGAUGUGUUCGGCAGCGCUCCUCAGAACGAGGCCCUGGAAGAUCUUACGCAGCUGGGGAUGGCAGACCCAGACCCGCUGGGCAGUCCCACCUUGCCUGAUGACCCCAUAGAUGAGGAGGAAGAGGAGGAUCUCCCCUUCCUGCCUUCCUACAUGAAGCACAGGGAUGGCUGGCCAAUGAUGUUGAGGAUACCUGAAAAGAAAAACAUCAUGUCCUCUCGGCACUGGGGGCCCAUUUUCGUGAAGGUGACAGAAACGGGGUGCUUACAGCUCUUCUAUGAAAAGGGACUGGAGAAGCCCUUUAAGGAACUUCAGCUGGACAGCAGCCAUGAACUUUCAGCAGCUAAGCUUCAGAACUACGACGAGAAUGGUAGAGUUCAUACCGUUAGUGUCGACCAUGUCGUUUAUAAGGAAAGACGGAAAAUCCAGACAAAGGUGGCUGUAGUUCAUGCACCUAUAAAGGAACAGUUGAUCAAGCUUGGAACAACAAAUUAUGAAGACUUUCUGAGCUUCAUGUAUGUGGUUCAGGAUAGGCUGAUGCAACUGCCAGUGGAAAUGGACAUGGUUUGCUCCAACACAUCUUAUGCUGAGGAGGUGAUACUUGUGGACGUCAGCGACGAGUUUCAUGGAGUUGUGUCCAAAGGGGACAACAGAAUAUUGCAGCAGUUGGUGGUGACCCACGUUCACGUUUUAGCCUUUAUUUCUGGGUCACCGUUGUGCAAGAUAGGCUUCAACGAUAUCCAAGUGAAAGGAAAUGAAAUUGUGUCCAGGCACGACAUCAUUCCGAACAGCACAACCAGGUGGAUUAAGCUCCGAGACUGUCGGUUUCAUCAGUCGGCAGACGAGAAGGGAUUUACAAACUCGAGAAUGAUUUUCUUUACUCCCCCGAGUGGCUGUAGGUUUGAGCUGAUGCGUUUCAGGACACCCUUCGCUGAGAAAAUGCUGCCCUUCACCAUGAGAACUGUAGCCACCAUCAAGGGGGCCGAGGUGGAGGUGCAGUCCUGGCUAGUGAUGUCAUCGGGGUUUUCGUCCAAUCGGGAUCCCCUGUCACAGAUCCCGUGUGAAAAUGUCAUGAUCCGUUAUCCCGUCCCCUUGACCUGGGCAAAAAACUUCCGGAGAGACAGUGUGAUGGGAGAGAAGUCCUUGAAAGCCAGGAUUAAUAAAAGUGCCAGCUUUGGUUCCAUGAGUUCUUCUGGAUCAGAGCCCGUGAUGAGGGUCACUCUGGGGACCGCCAAAUAUGAGCACGCCUUCAAGUCUGUAGUAUGGAGAAUAAACAGGCUCCCGGACAAAAAUUCAGCUUCGGGACACCCCCACACCUUCUUCUGCCGCCUGGAGCUGGGGUCCGACUGGGAGGUGCCGCGCGGGUUCCCGGCCCAGCUGGAGGUGGAGUUCGACAUGCCCGCCGCCUCCGCCUCCAGGGCCACGGUGCGCUGCCUGGCCGCGGGGGACCGGACGGACGUCAGGAAGUGGGUCGGCUACAAGGCGCACUACAGCUACCAGGUGGAAAUGGAGCAGAAAACAGAUUUGGCGGAGGAUCUGAACAGCCUGCAAACAGAGAAACCAAAUCGGUGCUCACAGCAGUGACUCUUUCACAGGGACGAAGAGCUUUGCACUUUGGGGAAAAAAUAUUCAAAAAGGCAUCACCUAACACACUGAUUUUUAGAUAGCGAUAGAAAUGGACUUUAAUAUUGUUUUUCCAAAAGGGAAAGGCCUAUGUGGUCUGAAAGAGCGACUUGUCCUUGUAUUAACUAAUUUAUUAGCUGUGAGACAGGAUUGCCUGCUUUAAACAUUUAGCGUUUGGGGAAUUAUGGGUUUUGACAGCUGCUGCUGAUGUGUUUAUUUUUGGUAAUUGAUUUUUUAACCAUGCAGGUUUACAUAAGGCACUUUUUACAGCUGAUCAAGCAGUGCUCUUCUGAGAAUGUGCUUAGGCUAAAAGGUGCUUAAUUAAAAAGCAUCCUUAAGAUAUUAUUGAAAAAUAUCAAAAAUAUAAACUUGAAUACUAACCAUUUUUUCCACAAAACCAAUCUGAAACAAAGGUGCCUUCACAUUUGGAUUUCACCUAGUUUAGAUAUAGGCAAGUUAACUUGCAUUGUUUCUACAAAAGUAGUAAAACUGUAGUUUGUAUAUAUCUAAACCAAAAUUCUUUGUUGUAUGGUUUUCAGCAUCUGAUGUUUUUACAGUUGCUUUUUUCAGCAUUAGAGUGAAAGAACUGGAAUUUUUCCUGUAUAAAAAGAGAAAAUACUCAAAAGCAGUUUAAAAAUUGUGAAAUAACACAUAUGUAAGAUUUUUUGCUUGGUGGCAGAGUACUACUGUUAUGCAUUUUUUUCAUGAUAACACACAAUAGUAGAAAUGCUUACUUCUAUUUUUUAAAAUAUAUUUUCCUACUCAGAUAUGUAAACUACUGCUGAUCAUUCUCAUUUCAACGGUUGUUAUGUACUGGCCUUCAGAGCAGUAUCUAUACAAACAUUUAUUAUGCUGUAAAGUAAGUUUUUAAUGUUACGGUAAUGAGGUUUAAUGCUGAGUGUUGAACACCAUUUUGAUUUGAACCUGGUGCACUGAAGUCUUUAUUUAGAACUUAAAAUUUGCACCUUAAAUUAUGACUCCUUUGAAGCAAACACAAAAACUUGAAAGCUUUAAUCAACGAUGUUAUUUAGACAUAAAAAGCUAUGUUGUAAAUAUAUAAAAUUAUAUUGCCUUCCAUACCAGAAAGACUCAAAUAACUUCUAAAAAAAUUAUAGCAGAGGUUGUGUUACAUUACUGUUACAGUCUGACUAUGGUAAAUCACAGUGUUGAAACCACAACCUCCUAUAAUGCUGUACAUCAGGGCUUUUUCAGUGAAACUUUAUCCAAGAUUCAAGAUUCUGAUUUGUUCUGUGAGGUUAAGGCUGGGUAAACUGCAUAGACCUGCUGUGUAUUAAAAGACAUUUUUGAUUGAAGAGUUUUUGUUUGAACCAGGAACGAAUACUCUGUGUCUUCCAUUUGUGCUUCUAUAACCUGCUGAUCUGACAGUAGCUUGUUGUUUUUUGUUCAGGGCGACAGUGAUCACCUUUUAAAGUAACACGCUUGGUAAGAGAAGAGAUUUAGGAUUAUACACAUGAAGGAGAGAGACUGAAGGACAAGGAUAUAGAGGAAAAAAAAAUAUUUGUAACAAGUGACAGUGAUCCGGACUGUUGUGUCUGUGAUGGUUAAGUAAAAACUCUGUUCCAGCUUUUGAGUUUUAAACCAUUUUUUAUUUCUGUAUUAACGAUGUGAGGCCAUAGAUAAUCCUGGUAAUUCAGCAAUUAAAAAGCAUUUAACUACUGUAAGUUUAUAAAGUUUCAUUUGGAGAAGAACACAUUUGUAGGAUUAAAGUCUUUUUUCAAAUUUA